UGUCGGCUCAACUUCGACUGAAGUUCAAGUAUCCGAGACGCAAACUUCUUAUCGACGGCGGCAGAUAACGGGUUUAGCGAGCAGUUGGAGUACAUUAUAACGCUGAGGAGGAGUUGAAAUUUGUUUUCCUUAUUGAAAUAUUUAAUGUUUUCGCUGAAAACUAAACGAAAGAGUGGACGGAGUUUUUAACUUGACCUAGAUUUGUUUUGUUGCCAGUGGGAGUCUACAGGUUAGGGGGGUUUAGCUAGCUAAUCCCAGAUAACUAGCUUAAUCCGAGUUAGUUAAUCCGUUGACACUUCUCCUCAGCACACCGUCGAGAGGAGAGGAGGAGGAGGAGGAGGAGUGUCCUGUUCCAACGUCCGUCAAGAUAAAGACUUCAAGGUUCCGCUUCACAAGUAACGUUACACAGCUGAAAAGUUUGGUAGUUUGGCGUCUCUCACACCGAAUGAAAACUCAUUUUACCGUACUUUUAUAUUUAUUUCGUUUGUAAGAAUGCGGACUAGACUUGAAGUCGUCAAACGGAAACGUGACGAGGCUGGUGAGAGGGUCACUGCAGCAGUGGGUGCCAGCGGAGAGCAGCUCCUCAGGGCAUGAAACUUCAGCACAAGUUUGCACACAGGCAGGAAGCGACACGAUGGCACUAUGCGGAAGAAGGAGUCGACCCAAACUACUUUUUUUCCUCUUUGGUGCCACUUUAGUGGGAUAUGUAAUAUUUUUUAGGAACAGCCCCGGGGACGUGAGCGCGACAAAUCGACGAGCGGCCCCCGGAGAGCGCGAGCUGGAUAAUGAAGAGCUGAAGAGACCCGUCUAUGAGAAGCCCCCCUUGGAUUUAAAUGCCCUGGGUGAAAUGGGGAGAGCCGUCAAACUCAAUCUGAACGAAGAGGAGAAGAAGAAGGAGGAGGAAAGCAUCAAAAAACAUCAGAUUAACAUUUAUGUCAGUGAGAAACUGUCGCUGCACCGCAGGCUGCCAGAGAGAUGGAACCCACUCUGCAGAGAGCUGAAGUAUGACUACAGGUCCCUGCCCACAACCUCCGUGGUCAUCGCCUUCUACAACGAGGCCUGGUCCACCCUGCUGCGGACGGUCCACAGCGUGCUGGAGACGUCGCCCGACAUCCUGCUGAAGGAGGUGGUGCUGGUGGACGACUACAGUGACAGAGACCAUCUGAAGGAGCCACUGGAAGUGUACAUCUCAGGUUUGAGGAAGGUGCGUCUGAUCCGGGCCACCAAGAGGGAGGGGCUGGUGCGGGCCCGGCUGCUGGGGGCGUCCAUUACCACUGGUGAUGUGCUGACCUUCCUGGACUGCCACUGCGAGUGUCAUGAAGGCUGGUUAGAGCCCCUGCUCCACAGGAUCAAAGAGGAGCCCUCGGCCGUGGUGUGUCCUGUCAUUGAUGUGAUCGACUGGAACACCUUUCAGUAUUUAGGGAACUCUGGUGAACCCCAGAUUGGGGGGUUUGACUGGCGGUUAGUCUUUACCUGGCACGCAGUCCCAGACUAUGAACAGAAACGCCGUCGCUCACCCAUUGAUGUCAUCAGGUCUCCCACUAUGGCAGGUGGUCUGUUUGCUGUGAGCAAGAACUACUUCCAUUACCUGGGGACAUACGACACAGGGAUGGAGGUUUGGGGAGGAGAGAAUCUGGAAUUCUCCUUUAGGAUUUGGCAGUGUGGGGGCAGCCUGGAGAUCCACCCGUGCUCCCAUGUGGGUCAUGUGUUCCCUAAAAAGGCCCCGUACUCGCGGAGCAAAGCUCUGGCAAACAGCGUGAGAGCUGCUGAGGUCUGGAUGGAUGAAUACAAGGAGAUCUACUACCAUCGAAACCCCCACGCAAGACUGGAAGCCUUUGGGGACGUGACGGAGCGGAAGAAUCUCAGGGAGAAGCUGGGCUGUAAGAACUUCAGGUGGUAUCUGGAUAAUGUUUACCCUGAUAUUCAUGUCCCAGAGGAUCGGCCAGGCAUGUUUGGAAUGCUGAAGAACCGGGGGAAGACCAACUACUGUUUUGAUUACAAUCCUGUAGAUGAACACACAGUGGUGGGCCAAAGGGUCAUCGUGUACCCGUGUCACGGCAUGGGUCAGAACCAGUUCUUUGAGUACUCAGAGGAUGGUGAGAUCCGUUACAACACAAGGGAACCUGCUGGAUGUGUCGUGGGUGACAACAUCAGCACCUACCUGACUCUUCAGCUGUGUAGAAAACGAGGGCAGCCUAUACCUGCAGAUCAAAAAUUUCUCUUUAGAAAGGAUGGGAGCCUGUACCACGUGGCGAGCCAGAAGUGCGUCCAGGCGUUAGACAAGACAGACAACGGGACACCAGCGCCCUCGCUCCAGCCCUGCUCUGACAGCUCCCACCAAAAGUGGUUCUUUGAAGAGAGGAUGUAAUGGUAUCAACCUCGAAUAUAUGUGCAAAUACAUUUCUUAUUCAGGGCCGAUAUCCUGAGGAGGGAUAUGGGUGGAUUGAAUCGCUAAGUGUUUUUUGAUAUGUUUGCCUUACCCUGAAAGGAGCCCAAAGGAGGAAGCUUCCGUGCUCCCUUCCAGGCUCCAACCUUUGCACAUUCCUGUGCCAGCUGGAUUUAAUGGACCAAGAGGAAGUUAUACUUAAAAGUACUUCCUUUCUGAAGUACUUUGUGAAUAUAU